UUAGGAUCGUACGGUAGAAAGCACUACUUCCGAUUUGAAUCAUCUCGUGUAAUCAAAUGAAAUUCUUUCUCUUUGCAUCUAGGAGUGGUUGGGAUUAACAGCCUUCGUACAUCAAAUUGUGUAUAUAAAGAUCUUUCUUUCUUCAUUCAAGUAAGAUAGUGGAUCAAUAAAACUCCGUCCAAAGGUCCUCAUAGAGGCGGUCACCGGUAGGCUAAGAUCCCUCUCUGAUAGAAGAAGAAAGCGCAAGACGAGAAUCUUCCAACAGUAAGGGAAGAAUAGUUUUUUAUAAUAAGUUCUAAAUUAAGGGAAGUUUAAGAGCAUCAAAUCCUUCUUUUUUAGAAGGAAGUAAGGCAUUGGAAUUAGGAAAUAGCAUUUAUCCCAAGAUAGCGGUAGCAAGUGUUCUGUGGAGGUUAGGAGUAGCAAUAGGAUACGGAUAAGGCACGCAAGUAACUUCUUCCACAUGGGAAAGGCGCUUUUAACAGCGUUUGCAUCUGAUCGUUCCUGGGAAGAGUCAUUCAUGCUCUCUAGCCAGGGUACGGAGCGUAGUAAUAGGAAGAAGUCAGUGCUGCUUUACUUUGGUGGUAUCAUAUUUCUAAAAGGAGUUGAUCCCGUCUCAAGGGCGUUAAGGCUUGUUGAUUGAACGAACCCGGCAAGGUCCUCCUUAUUAGCAUCCCAAGCUUAUGUUGAAUCGAUAUUUUAUUGGUCUUCUUUGACCCGAGGGGGGGGAUAAUCUCUUCUCUUAUCUGCUCUUCCCGCAGUUCUCUUUCUGCUGUUGUAGGCAGGGCUACUUUUUCUUUUUUUUUUUUCGAGAACGGAAUCAUAGCAUAGUUUCGUAGCCAAGUUAAAGACGUGCCAACUUCGAUUACUCUUUAUUAAGCGCUGGUUCUGCUUUCACUAGAUUCUGUUCUUGUUCACGCAUCCGUUUCUAGUGGACGGAUUUCAAGGGCUAGAAAGGAAUAAGUCUUAGCCUUAGCGGAGUCACUUCCAGAUUCACUUCUUUUUUAGGGAAAGAAACCGGCGUUAAGCGCUUCUUGCUAACGUCCUUAAAAGGAGAGAAGGAACCUGAGGGUAUCAAUCAACAUAUAGAUAGAAAGGAUAGGGCAUAAGGAUGAGACUAGCUUGUAGUGUUCACGUGGUGAAGGUUGAACUUGGGCCUUGGCUUCGGUUCCAGAGAUGGGUUCUGUGGCGAACUCGAGUGGAAUAAGCUCUUCUUCCUAAAGUUUUUAGCUUGAAACAAGAAUGGAUAGAGUUGACUCAGCUGCGAUUGCUCUUGGUCAGUAUGAUUAGGAUUAAGAUUCUGCUUUCUGCUAUUUCAUGGAAUCUUAGAGAGACUGGAGUAGGUAAGAAGUGGUGGAGGAGUGAAAAGCCGAUGAAAUGGUUGAUGUUUUCGUGGUUAAAGAAUCUCUCUUAGCUAGGGCUAGGCCACCUGCCUGACUAUCUAUUGUCUCAGCAGGCCUUAACCCAGCAAAAAGACGACAGAGGCAUAAAGGAAGAUUGAUGAAGAAUAAGCGAUGGUCUUGCUCUUCUUUCUCUUGGAAGAAGAAUGGCUGUUGUUGAAUCAGUUUCAAGUGGUGGGAUCAUAUAUUCAUAUAUAAUAGUGGAAUCCCGUCUCCUUAAAGAUCUCUCCCUCAAAGUAGAACGAGCAUAAUCGAAGACAGAUGGUAGCGUAUUCGAAGUAGUUGAUCUCACGUGCUAUCCGAAAGUCUUCUUAGUCUUCGUCUGCUCUCAAUGAGUCAAUGCCCGGACCAGGCUCUUAAUUAAAUAGAAAUCCCGUUAGUGAAGUCACCCUCGGAGUUGACAACGACUAAGCUUUUUUCUUGACACUAGUCUUAGCCUUUCUAAGGACACCUUGCCUUCUUUCCUUGGCUUGGCGGGAAGGGCUACUCAGAGUGGUGCGUCUGGGGACUCCCCUUUCGAAAUGGGAAGAAUAGCGUAGUAAACAGUGACCCUCGGGGAUGAAAGCUGCUCUUGCUCUUUAGAAAAUGGUUUAUGUGAACAAGGAAGAAGGGCUACUUUACUCUAGAUCGAAUGCGACUGGAGAUUUUUCUUUCACAGCUCUAAAGGGAGGGAAGUCAACAGUCAAGAGAGGGUCUCAAUCAACAAGAAAGUCAUGAAAGAGAGAAGAUGGUGCUAUUCCCUUAGCUAGCUUUGACCAGGAAGAAUGAAUUUUCUCUAGAACCCUUGGUUGGGCUAGGAUCCCGAUAAAGGAGAAUGUUCAAAGCGAGACGUUUUUCGAUAAGAGAACAGGUUUUUUCGGAUAAGCUGUUGCCGCUCUUCUGUUAGAGCUCUUUAGUCCCAUCCCUACCAAAGAAAAGAAGAUCUCCCCGGAGCGAGUGACUCAAAGAAAGAAGGCCCAGCGCCCGCCCCCUUUGAGGUGGGUCUUCACUUAUCCGAUUUAGAGCGAAGAAAAGAACUUUAUAGGCGCUCGCUCGUUCCUUCGAUCGGUAAAAAGCUACCCGUCGAAUCAAUAGAUCGCAUGAUCAAUGCCCAACUCUUGAUAGAAAAGAGAGUGGAAGCCGCUUUAGUUGAGGAUGGCUUCUCCCCCCUAAACAUAAUUUCCAAACGAAAUGAAAUCCGAGGGAUUCUGUUUUAUCCUCAAAGGGAGACCCUUUCUCUACACACGUACCAGUACUACGUGACUAGUCUGGAAGAAACUGGUACGCGCUCGACUAUUCCUUAUAAGAGGAUAAUACGGGAAGUUACAAGGGCUAACCUCUUCCUAUAGGAGCUUCUUUCUGUUUUUUUCCGGUAUGCCGCUCCGCGAGCAAGGAGCGCCACGCACGAGCGGAGCGAAAACAAAGCAAGAGGAAUUCUUCGUUGGGGGAAAUCCUUUGAUUGCAUAUUGAAUAUAGAUCUAUGUCUUUCUUGUUCUACUAGCUAGGACGAAAUUCUCACAUGUCCCUUUCGUUAUUACAACCUUCUUUUUUGAUGUCAAAGACCAGAAGCUACGCGCAAAUUCUCAUUGGAUCUCGGUUGUUCUUAACAGCGAUGGCUAUUCAUUUAAGUCUUCGGGUAGCACCACUAGAUCUUCAACAAGGUGGAAAUUCUCGUAUUCCAUAUGUACAUGUUCCUGCGGCUCGGAUGAGUAUUCUUCUUUAUAUCGCUACGGCUAUAAACACUUUCUUGUUCCUAUUAACAAAACAUCCCCUUUUUCUUCGCUCUUCCGGAACCGGUAUAGAAAUGGGUGCUUUUUUUACGUUGUUUACCUUAGUUACUGGGGGGUUUCGGGGAAGACCUAUGUGGGGCACCUUUUGGGUGUGGGACGCUCGUUUAACCUCUGUAUUCAUCUCGUUCCUUAUUUACCUGGGUGCAUUGUGUUUUCAAAAGCUUCCUGUCGAACCGGCUUCUAUUUCAAUCCGUGCUGGACCGAUGGAUAUACCAAUAAUCAAGUCUUCAGUCAACUGGUGGAAUACAUCGCACCAACCUGCGAGCAUUAGCCGAUCUGGUACAUCCAUACAUGUUCCUAUGCCCAUUCCGAUCUUGUCUAACUUUGCUAACUCCCCCUUCUCAACCCCUAUCUUGUUCGUUCUGGAAACACGUCUUCCUAUUCUAUCUUUUCCCGAAUCUUCUUUGACGGAAGAAAUAGAAGCUAUAGAAGGAAUACCAAAACCUAGUUCACUCGCUGAUUCUUUUUGCAUCUAUGGCUGAAUGGUUAAAGCGCCCAACCUAUACCAACCUAAUAAA